AUGGCGACUCUCGUGUUAGAUAACGGCGCUUACAAUGCCAAGAUCGGGUACAGUCACGCUCAUGUCAGGUGAGAAGCCUCAUUCGCUUGAGGUCUGGAUGGAGUUAAAUUCUUUUGGAACAGGCAGUCGGUUCUUCUAUGGGUUUUCUCGCAUUUUUUGAUAUGGACAUCUGUGAGACUGUACUCGAUUCACUGGCAGUUAUGAAUGAAUUAAGGAAUUAUUCCAAAUGUGCGGGAAUUGUCCAAACAAGCGUCCAGUGAAAAAGUGGCUAUUACAGAAAACAUAAUCCAGGUACUAAAUCCAACGAAAGAAUGAAAUCAGUAUGGUUUGUUUGGAAACAGCUAGUGUAGGAGUGUGCAAACUUCUGAGAGAUCUGGGUUACAAAAGGUGUUUCCAGCUAAUUGACAUGUUAAAGUAGUUUAACUGUGGAAUCCACUCUCCCAGGAGGAUGGCCACCAACCUAGAUGGUGGGAGGAAAUCUAACCUAAAGGAGGAUUUGAAAAAUUCAUGGAGAGGGUUUUCAAAGGCUUCUAGCUAUGAUGGCUAUGCUCUGCCUCUGAAGUGAGAGGAGGUAAGGUUUCUGAAUAUUAGUUUCUGGGAACCACAGGAGGAGAGAGAGCUCUUGUGCUUGGGUCACACUUGUGGGUUUUCCACAGGCAUUAGUUGGUCACUUACAUUAUUGACUUUUAAAAAUGUGUAUAAAGCUGCUGGGUUUCUUUCCCCUCCCCACAGUGUUAUUCCAAACUGUCAGUUCAGAUCAAAGACUGCUCGUCUGAAAACAUUUACAGCUAACCAACUGGAUGAAAUUAAAGAUCCAUCUGGACUUUUUUAUAUACUCCCGUUCCAGAAGGUAAUUUAAAUAGCAUGGAAAUCUUUUUACACAAGAAUCAGUUAAGGUUCAGUAAGAGAAGUAAAGGUUUAGUCAGAUUUAUGCAUGAGUAGAUGUAGUUUUUGAACAAUAGUCAUGAAGAAUAUUAAUGUAAUUAAAAUCAGAGAGGAGGGAAACAUUUCUUUCUAUAUAACGAAGCCUUAGAUGGAAAUUAUUAUUUGUAUUUAGCUGUGCAUCUUAAUAAUAAUAAAUUAAACUUGCAAAUCUGUUAACACUUAUUUGGGUGUAAGUCCCACUGCCUUCAGAGGAAUAUACUUUUAUAUAGAAAUGGUCAGGAUAAAGUCUUAAAUAAUGUAUUUAUUAUACCUGAUCAUAAACAAAUAACAUGGAGUAAAAUACUACUCUAGGACUGAAGUCAAAUCAUCCAAACACCUUCAAGAGAUCAGGUUUCUUCCAGUAGGGUGCUAAAGAAAGUUUGAAGGACAGUAUAAAAUUAUGCACAUAUCAAAUGGUUACAGCAGUAACUUUACUUUUUAAAUAACAGGGCUACUUGGUAAACUGGGAUGUUCAAAGACAAGUGUGGGACUAUCUUUAUGGAAAAGAAAUGUAUCAGGUAAUUAAACACUUUCCUAUAUCUUGAAGGUAGCACCAGAAGAAUAUAAGAAUGCAGGCUGCUUAUAGGAAGUCAGCAUAACCUAAUAGUUGAAGCUUGUGCAUCAGCUUUAAUUUAAACUGUGAGUGUUUUGAUUUCUACAAAUGAGGGCAUUUACUGUUUCAUUUAAAGCAUGGGUUUUUAUUUUUACAAAAAUGUGCUUGUUCAGUGUAGGUGUUCUAAAGAAUGAUGUAUCAGCAGAUAAAAUAAUCCAUAUCUGCUUGUGGGAUCUGUCAAACCUUCAUAAGAGUAUUUUAUCUCAGUGUUGCGUAUUUUUCUGAAUUGGAGUUUGAUCUACCCCUAUGCACCUGCAGAUUUUACAUCCCAAGCUGCAUCAUGGCAAACCCAUCUCAGCUAGUGUUUACUCAAGACUUUUAUUGGUUACUGUCUUUAGCAUACAGGAUGAUACAUUUUAGCAAGUACAUUUAUAGAGUUCAGGAUAUAGUUUAGGAUGGGGGUUUUUUUAUUGCAAGUUACCACUCAGUUUUCUAAAGAAUUCCAUAGAACACAAGGGAAAAAACAUUGCUGAACCAGAAUUCAAGCUCACACUAAGGUCUUCCAUUAUGCACAUCCUGCAACAAUGGAGGGCUGUGAGAGGGGGCUGGAAAGGGACCCAGCAAUCGACCAUGAGCUACCAAAAGCUCCCGGGGAUCAACCUGUUGGACAUCCCUCCUGUACCUGUAUACACAAAAGUAAGUCCCUCUGAGUUCAGUGAAGCCUACUUGCAGGUGUAUGGGUAGCUUGAAUUACUUCAUCCAUUGGUCACUUGCCUACUCAUUAGAGUUACCUCUGUAAGAAUAUGUAGGGUUUAUUAAAUUUUGUAUAACCUACAAUUUUUUUUCAAGUAGGCGUUCCUGCUGUCACAACAGAAAGCUACUAUACUACAGUGGCAAGAAGUGUGAGCUGUGAGUUAGGAGAAAAUCCCUAGUUCAAAUUUCACCUUAGCCAUUGAUGACCCUUCAUCAAGCCACUUUUACCCAGUCUCUCAUCUGCAGCAAAGGAGCAUUACUGGCCUCUCUUUCUAAGACUGUUCCAAAUACUAUUAAGAUAAUUUAUGUGAAGCGUUUUGAAAUAUUCUCUGUACAUAUUAUUAAGAACAUAUUUAUUAAUAGUCAGACCCUAAUUUUAGAUACACUCGUUUUUUUAAGAAAAAAGAUUGCUUCUGAAUCUUGAAAUAUUUUCCUACAUAGGUAGAUUUUGUAGAUACCAAUAUCAUCAUCACAGAACCUUAUUUCAACUUCAGCUCAAUACAAGAGUCCAUGAACGAAAUAUUGUUUGAAGAAUACCAAUUCCAAGCAGUUCUCAGAGUAAAUGGUGAAUGGCAAGUCCUCUUACUGUUUAUUUUUGGGGGAGAAAAUGUUUUCGUUUGGCAUUGCUACAACACUUUUUUUGUUUGCUUAAAAUAAUAAUAAUAAUAAUAAUAAUAAUAAUAUUUAUACACCUCCCAUCUGGUUGGGUUUCCCAGCCACUCUGGGUGGCUUCCAAGACAUGUAAAAACAUAAUGUCAAACAUUUAAAACUUCCCAAUACAGGAUUACCUUCAGAUGUCUUCUAAAAGUUGUGUAGUUCUUUAUCUCUUUAACAUCUGAUGGGAGGGUGUUCUACAAGGACGGCGCCACUGCUGAGAAGGCCCUCUGCCUGAAGCACGUGUUAAUAAAUGUAUCUGACACUAUUAUAUGGCUCUGUUUUUCAGCUGGGGCUCUCAGUGCCCAUAGAUACUUCCGGGAUAACCCAUCAGAACUGUGUUGCAUCAUUGUAGACAGUGGGUAUUCUUUUACACACAUUGUACCUUACUGCAGGAGUAAAAAGAAGAAGGAGGCCAUUAUAAGGUAAAAAACCCAAUAUUUUUAAAUAUUUUUUAAAAGAUGUAUUCGUGUUUUUAAAAUAUAAAUAUUAAAGAAAAUCUUUCUUGUUCUUAGGAUUAACGUCGGAGGAAAGCUCUUAACCAAUCAUCUAAAGGAGAUAAUCUCUUACAGGUAAAGCACUAACUAGAAGUUAUUACAAUCUUAUCUGGUUCACAGUAAUAAAAAUAUAGUUUAUUUUAUUUUAUAGGGCAAAAAGAGAAACCCAAUUUUGAUAUCAUGGUUUGCUGAAGGAUUGUGAAGGCUUACUUUGCCUAGAUUAUGGUGCAAGGUAUGCAAUGAUACUUAAAAUUAUUUUGCAGCAAUAAAUUAAUUGCAGCAGAAGUUAAAUCGGAAAAAUAGAUGGAACUCCAGAAAAUGAGCAGUAAAAUUAUUCUGUCAAUUGUUUUAGGUAUGGUAAUGAAACUGCAUAAUUUACUGGCAUAUCUUGUUGGUUGUUUCCAAAUGCCACUGGUUCCAUGGAGAAUCUGAGUGAAUCUGUGGGUAUGCUAGGCCACAUGAGUAGACUAUAAUGGGGCGAGGUUCAUGAACAUGAGGGCUACCUCUUUUUGUAUACACAAACUUUCAUAAGCUACACCCUAGAAAGUUCAUUGGGAAUAUACAGAUGGGCAAAACCAGCUGGGUUCCUCACAGUGAGUUAAGCUGCUCAACCUAGAUUUCACGGCCACUUGUUUCCCAUCCCCUAUCCCCCAUCUCAACAGUAGUGAGAACUUUUCUAUUCUGAAGAUCCCCCUGCAUCCUUAGGUCUUGCUGGUUCUAUUUAGAGGGCUGUUUAGUGUUAGAUACUACUCAUGUGCCAAUUCUGAAUGUCUUCUGUAAAGGUGGGAUUCCUGAACGAUUACAAUAUGUAUAAUCUCCUUUUUAAAAAAAGCCCCAUCAAACAGUAUCUUUCCUAUAUACGUAAUUUUGUUCCUCUUGUAUAGAAAGGGUGGUAUGAGAAUAUUAUUAACUUUUUCUACUAAAACCCAUGAACUUCAUCUGGUUUAACAGAUUAGUUCCUAAUCACAACUUAAUGAGAACUCAAAGAAGUGCAGUGUUAAGAACGUUCAUCCUCCUCUUACUGUUCUUUGGUUUAAUAGCAUGCCCUACUCCACAGAGGAUUAAAGGCUUAAGUGAGUUUUCCACAAUUAAUCUAACAGCUUUACUAUAACAUUUAAGCUUCAAUAAAUACUCAUAUUGAAUACUCAUAACAGACCAGCAAUGAAAACAAGAUAAAGUAGCAUUAUUUUCUUUAAAAAUUAUAGGCAACUCCAUGUUAUGGAUGAAACCCAUGUGAUUAACCAAGUGAAAGAAGAUGUAUGUUAUGUUUCCCAAGACUUUUUCAAGGAUAUGGAGACUGCCAAGUAUGGGUUUUUUUUAUACUGCUAAAUAUAGUUAAUGGUAAUUUUGUCUAUGGCCUGAAGAAUUUAUUAUGUAUUGCCUUGUGGUAAAAAAACCACCAUUCUGUUGACAGUGGUCUAUGAAUACAUUAAAUAUCAAAUUCCUUUACUGAAAGCUUGGGUUCAUUAAGGGUUAGCUCUGAAACAUGUUGUUAUAAAGACUGCCUUUGAGCAUGUAGGGAGUGCUGUUCUGACCCAUGUCCCCAUAUCUGGAAACAGGGAUAAUGAUCUUUGAGGUCCCAUUUCAGCCAGACUUGGGUUUAUAGUCUUGAUUCCAUUACUGAAGCAUCUGCAGUGUUCCAAAUCAUUUUCAAGCUCUACAUAUGCAAUUAACUUAUGUGGUUGAAAUUGCAUGCAACGCAGAGCGCACACAAGCUCUGGCAUAUUGUUGCAAGAUCUCACAGGAACUCAGACAGUCCCACAGGAACUUGCAAGAGCACCCCAAAGCCUAUGCAGUGUGCGGGACUUGCCCGGUAGGCAUGGCAGAGCUUAACAGCUGUCUUCCCGGGGUGUGGGGGAUGAUGGUAAGGCUCGCUUAGCAAGGAUAGUUAUGCGGGGGUGGUUUGAAUUUACACAGUUUUGCAUAUUCCUGCCAUCCCCAGAACAUAAACCCCAUGCAAGGAGUGAUUGUCCCACUAUUAAGUUCAACAUCUAUAUGCACUGAAUACCCCAAAUAGCUUUACAUGGUGGUGAGCUGUCUUACUGAUUAAAAGUCAAAAGGAGGUUAUCCUAUGCAGCUUUCUUAUUUAUUUAUCAUCAAAGCCUCCUCUUGAGAGGUCUCCACAUUUGAGAAAGUUGGACUUAGACCCAUAUUAGGGUAAAUUGUUAAUUAUUUAUUUACAAUGAAAUACUUUUUUUUUUUUUUGUGGCUCUGAAGAAUCAUUAACUUAGGAUGUAUUCUGAAUUCCAACCUGUUUCAGAUUGAAGGGGGAAGAAAAUACAGUAAUGUUGGACUAUGUUUUACCAGACUUCAGCACAAUAAAAAAAGGGUUUUGUAAGGUAAUUGCAUAAAAUCAGUCUUCUUCUUCAUUUCAUUUCAUUUCAUUUCUAUACUUACAUAUAUUUUUAAGAAAAAGAUCUCAAAGCAUUUACAACCUACAUCAAAUAAAACAAUCCAGAAGAAGACAUUACAGAAGAAAGUCCAAUAUAAAGUAUAUAUUCAAAGCAGCAUAAUUAACAGGAAAUUAAAAUAUUGCCUUUAAGAUUUUGAAACUAAAACAUUACAAAGGAGGUCAACUACGGAAUGCACAUUUAAUGCAGCAAAGAUAAUAAAAAAUUAUAUUAAAUGUUUCAAAAGGAAACAUUAUUAGAGGAAGUCAGAUGUAAAAUGCAAAUUUAAAACAAGGUAAUUAACACAUCUGGAGGAUGAAAGGUUCUCCAACACUUAUGCAACCUAGUUAGAAAAAAAAUAGUCUCCAACACUUAUGCAACCUAGUUAGAAAAAAAAAAAGUCUCUAUUGAGAGAGGGGGGGAUGUGAAAUGAAUUGCCAUUUUUCGUUUGUUGAUUCAUCCUCUUACUGUUCAGUCAUAGCAUGUUGGCUGCAAUUUCUAUGUUAUUAUGUGCUGAUAUAGCUAGGUAUAAUUGUAUGGAAGAAAUAUACAAGUUUCAGAUUCCCAUACAGGUUUUGGAUCCCAGCUACUACAUGGGAAAAAUCAUGCAAAUAAGGUGACUGAUUAAUGUUGAUAUUAAAAGCUGGUUUCAUUAUUACAUGUGUGUUAAUUCACAUCUGUUUGAUUUAGCCAAGGGAAGAAAUGGUGUUAAGUGGAAAAUACAAAACUGGUGAACAAAUACUUCGUCUUACAAAUGAGCGAUUUGCUGUUCCAGAGAUACUCUUCCAUCCUUCAGAUAUUGGUAUUCAAGAAAUGGGAAUUCCUGAAGCCAUUGUUUAUUCAAUUCAGAACUUGCCGGAAGGUAUUCUUAUUUAAACAAUGUAACUACCAAAAUUAACUGUAGAACAUGUUGCAUAGUUAGACUUUUUGUUUUGCUUCUAAAGUUCCCAUAUCAAGGACAAAAACUCAGUUGUCUAGAACAGUGGUUUUCAACCAGUGUACCAUGGCACCCUUGAAGGAUGGUCAGGGGUAUUAUGGGCAACACUGACUUCUGUCCCUUUUUCCUUCCCUCCUUCCUCUGAUGCCCUCUUGCAUCUCUGCCUCCCAAAGGCUUGUACAGCUGUUUGUUGCAGCAGUCAUGGCUACAAGCUCUGCAGGCGAAUGGUGCCUCUGGGGCUGGUAAAGGGGUGCUGGUUGCCAGGAACUGAGACACCCUUGGAGUAAGCAAGCAAACGGGUGGGGGAGCCCAGCCCGCCAGUCCACCAGCCGUUGCUGUUGGGAAUGGACAGACAAGUUCCAGGCCCUGUGGGGCAGUGUGAGGAGGCACAUCUCUUUGAGGUGGGGGGGGGGACAGCUCAGAGACCAGGGAUGGCAGCAGUGGCUGCCCUGAGGAGAGGAGAGAAGGCUGAGGAAACACUCAAGGGAGUGUUUGAAAAAGGGUGAGAGGCUGGGCUCUUAAGCCCCACAGGGGUGCUGCAGAAAGAAUGUAGUUAGUCAAGGGAGCCACGGACUCAAAAAGGCUGAAAGCCUGUGUUUUAGAAAUUCUCCAGUAUCAAAUUUUAAUAAACACUAUUUCUUGACAUGUUACUGUUGUAAAAUUGCUGAAGUUACCUAUGCAAUAUCCAGACUUCUGAAUUAAGUAGUUUAAUGCAUCCAAAAUUGAUUGGGAGCCAGAACACUUAGCACCCUCUUCAUAAACUUGGAAGUAAGCAAUUUGCAUUAGAAGAAUAUUUAAAUAUGUGACUGAGGUACUGCCUCCAAUGCAAGUGCUUUUCAUUACAGACUCCGAUGCAAGUGCUUCCAAUGCUUUUCAUUACAGACUUAAUAUAACUAUAUAAAAUCAAGCAAGUUAUUGUAGAAUUAUAACUUGUUUCUUUCUGGUCUUCAUAGAAAUGCAACCACAUUUCUUUAAGAAUAUUGUUUUAACUGGUGGAAACACACAUCUCCCCGGCUUCAGGGAUCGUGUUUACUCUGAGGUCCGAUGCCUCACUCCCACUGACUACGAUGUUUCUGUUGUUCUGCCAGAGAAGUAAGUAACCUUUCAGUUAAAAAUGUAGAUUCUCAACUGACAGUUACCCACUCUUAUUUUUAUAUUCUAUAUUCUAAUGUCAUAUAAUGUAGUACUAGCUGAUACUGAAAAUCAAUAUUAAACUAACUUUGUAAACUAACUGUAUUUUACAGUUUACACAAUUAUUUUAUUUACUUUCCAGCCCUAUUACUUAUUCCUGGGAAGGUGGAAAGCUGAUUUCUGAAAAUGACGAUUUUGAAGAUAUGGUGGUAACCAGAGAAGACUAUGAAGAAAAUGGACAUAGUAUAUGUGAAGAGAAAUUUGAUAUUUAA